CUGAUUAAGCAGCUUUCAGUAGCUGUCCUAGCAUUCGCCAUCUUCAUCUAUGCAUCACCAGUGGAAAAACGAGCGACGCAGAUUUCAUUGAUAAACUACAACUUCUCUGAGAACGUCCUGUCUGGUUCAAUCAAUAUACAGAAUAUUGCCUUUUCAAAGGUAGUCACUGUCGUGUAUGCCAUGGGUAAUACUUGGAGCACCUCACAGAGUAUAUCUGCAAGCUACUCUGCUGCUGGGUCAAGUGGUUAUGAAACAUGGGUUUUCUCGGGGACUGCAGCCGGCGCAACCCAAUUCUAUGUAAGAUAUGAUGUUAGCGGAACUUCAUACUACGAUCCUGGGAAUUCCAUGAACUACCAGAUAAGUUCUACUUCAUCCUCUACCAUAAGCACUUCCAAGACUUCAACAAGCUCGUCAACUUUUACAACUCCGACUACCUCAUCUUCAUCUACAGUUACCGUCGUUGGAACCGGAGCUGUUUCGCCCAGCAUACCACCACCAAUAAUUCCCACGUCAAUCCCCAGCGAAAGCCCCGCUACUGCACCAAGCGGGUGUGGGAACUGGAAUGGAGGAGAUAGCUGCCCCUCAGACAGUGUAUCCUCGUUCACAUCUUCGGCUGAACAACGUCGAUGGCAGACUCCACCACAAGGGGGUCCAGCUUACGAUCCUAGCUUUGGAGCAUACCGUGACCUUGUCGGGUAUGCUGACAUCCAGUACAGUGCCGCUCGGACAGCUGCAGCAGUCGUAAUUAACGCUGCUUCGAGAACUGGAGAGACUCUGGCGUACUCUUUCAAUGGAGAAACCGCGUCUUCUAGCAACGUCUACCAAGUCACUGCGAGCUUUGCAACUUCUCUUUCGAUGACAAUUUCUACAUCCAGUGGCAAGACUUUGACUUUAGACCCGAUCAACUUCAUCUGGCAAAGCGCACCUCUCACUGCUGCACAAAGCUCCUUCCAAAGUGGUCAAAAGGGAGGAAUCGCUGAGCUGUUUGGCUGGCCGUGGGUGGAUGUCGGCAAAGAAUGUGCCUUUUUGGGCAAAGCUGGUUAUAUGGGAGUGAAGAUUUGGCCUCCGAAUGAGCAUGUGUGGGGUUCAAACUAUUACGAGACUGACAAGCAAUUUCGCCCGUGGUAUUUCGUCUACCAGCCUGUUAGCUACCGACUACGUUCUCGAAGUGGUACCCGAGACGAGCUUCGAGCAAUGAUCCAAGCCUGCCGGAUAGCAGGCGUUCGAGUCUACGCAGAUACUGUGGUAAAUCACAUGGUUGGGCAAGGAACGGAUAUCCAGAAUCAUCAGAACACAGAUUGUUCUACAUACACCGGUCAUAAUGCCACAGCAGGAUCGCCAUACUUCACAUCUGGUAACACCUAUCUCAUCAACCCGCAAACAAACACGAGGCCGACACUCGAAUUUCCAGCGGUUCCUUACGGUCCAACAGACUUCCAUUGUGAACGCUCAAUCAGUUCUUGGACUGACAUGAAUCAAGUCACGAAAGGAUGGCUCGUAGGACUCACAGAUCUCAAUACCGAGAAACCAUACACACAAGAUCGCAUUGCAAGCUACGUCGUAGAUCUACUCUCGAUCGGCUUCAGCGGCCUUCGCUUUGACGCAGCCAAGCAUAUCGGACCGUCUUCUAUCGCAGCCAUCUUCGCAAUAGUGAAGAAGAAGAUGGGAGGCAGUAUGCCAGCAGAUUACAUAUCCUGGCUAGAAGUCAUUCUCGGCGGCGAAUCAUCAGUGCUUGCUUGUGAUGGUGGUGCUGAUAGCUGGUAUACAAACUUCAAUACCAUACUGACUAAUAAUGGCUUCACAGCUGAUGAGAUAAGUCAGAUCAAGAUCUGGAGUUCUGAUUAUCCGAAGGAAAUGCCGAUUUGUGGGAAUUGGGUGAUUCCUGCCAGUAGAUUUGCAAUUCAGAAUGAUGACCAUGAUCAGCAAAGUCCUGGCUCUUCGUCACGAGACAUGCAAGACAAAGGCUCUGUUCUGAUCAAAGACAAAGACCCUGCUAAGCACCGAGCGUUCGAAGUCCAACUCUUCUCCCGAACGGAUGCAGACUGGUGGGUCAAACUCGUCCUUUCGUCCUAUGAGUUCAUGACUGCUGGUGGCUCCGGAUUUCCUGAUGGCUUGAGCGACUGCUCGUUGUAUACAGGUAGUCAGGGAGCGAGUGGGUGUUUGGGUGUGCCGAAAGAUACUGCAUAUGUGGAGAACAGCUGUGGGUACACGAUGGCGGAAGGGAAGUACACAAGAGUUCAUAGAGAUCUGAGUAUUAUCAAUGCGAUGAGGGCUUGGGUGGGACUGGCUAGUACCACUGCUGACGCUUUGGGGAUCCCGGGGUGUACAUAG